AAACACAUUACAAAAAUUUGUUCCCUAAUACAGAUCCCCUCCACACUAAACCCUUAUCAUCGAAUCCUCUCAAGAAAAGCAAGAGAAUCUUCAUCCAUCGCAAUUAUCUGAAACCCCAUACAGAAACAUGAGUGUUGUUCAAUUCCCACAAGGCGUGGAUUCUUCUGCAGAUCUUCAGAUAUGGAACAAUGCCGCUUUUGACAACGGAGAGAACUCCGAAGAUCUGACGGCAAACAGACAGUCUUGGGGUUCAUUGAAGUCGAUUUUCGGAGACCCGAAAGCGUCUUUUGAUUCUGUUUCGGGUAAAGAGAAUCAGGGCGUUGUGGCGGAGAAUCAGGUUUCCUCUGUUUAUUCUUCUCUCAAAUCGUCAACCACGCCCUUCAAGCCUGUAAACACUGACGGGGCUGUUGAAAAAUCAAGAAUCAAAGGUUUUUCCAAAAAGGGUGUUCAAGAAAAUGUAGUUUUGAAGGUGGAAGGUGGGAGGGAAAUCCGGGAUGAGAAGAAGAUUGAUGAGGAAAUUGAAGAGAUAGAGUCUGAAAUCAUGAGGUUGAACUCAAGAUUAGAGGCUCUGAGGCUGGAAAAGGCUGGGAGGAGUGUGAAAGUUGUGGAGAAGAGAGGACGAAUCGUGCCGGCCAAGUUUAUGGAGGAGAAACAGUGUGUUAAAGAUGGAGAGGGUAAGAAACAAAUUGAAGAGAUUUCAUCCAUGACUGCAAGAACAAAGGUUCAGAGAAGAGGGGUUAGUUUGGGGCCUGCUGAAAUUGCUUCUGGCGGGCGUAGAGGAAUGAGUUUGGGGCCUUCGGAGAUUUUUGGGGCUGUGAAAUCGAGGCAAACGGGCAAGUUGGAGAUGAUCACCCCUGUUCAGAGUAGGAGAAAGUCUUGUUUUUUCAAGAUGCAAGAGAUUGAUGAAGAGAAGGUGGUGGUGGUGGCUAAAGAGAGAGGAAAGAGUUCGAGUUUAAGCCCGAAAUCGAGAAAAGUUGCUGCGAAGACUCAGGUCUCCUCCAGGCAGGCCGUGACCACUAUUUCUUCAAGAAAGAUUCUGAAAAAAGAUGAUGCAGUUAUCAACGCAAUUCAACCCAAGAAACUGUUCAAAGAUGGUGACAAGUCUGUCCCGGCAACUAACAAGAAGCCAUUGAGGCCGGGAAGGGUUGUGGCCAGCAGAUAUAAUCAGAACACAGCAAUGAGAAAGAGGUCACUGCCAGAGAAUGACAAGGAUGACAGCAAGAGAGGCGACAAGAAACGGUCGCUAUCCAUUGGGAAAUCACGUGUGAAUCCAACUGAGAACAAGAGCUUAGGCACUGAAAGUCGGGUGAAGAAACGGUGGGAGAUCCCAAGCGAGAUAGUUGUUCAUGGUAGCAUGGUGGAGGCUGACGAGUUGUCUCCUCAGUCCAUUGUGGCUGUGCCCGAUUUGCUUCCAAGAAUUAGGAUUGCCCGUUGCUUUGACGAAAGCCCCCGAGACUCUGGACCUGCUAAGAAGGUGGUUGAAUUGAUUGGGAGGAAAUCAGUCUUUGGUAAUGAUGAUGAGGAGGUGGAAGAACCAUCUCUUUGCCAAGCCCUCACCUUUGCAGAAGAAGAAGAAGCUUGAUCGAAUUUACUUUCCGAGAUUCUACUAUGUCCCCCCGAGCUGCUACAUAUUUCUGGUUUUGCCUGUUGUGAUAAAUAGAAUAAGUGGAUUUAAGCUGUUUUGUUAUGAAUUGUUUUCAAUCUAUUCAAGCAUAUACUUGUGCUUU